UUAGAGAGCACAAAGAAAGCCCUCUCCGCCUCCCUCGUCGUCUCCGACCUCUCUCCCUUUCCUUUUUUUGUCUUCAUUUUUGCUACAAAUAGAAACCAGAUUCUUAAAGCUCUCAUUUAUUGUUGUUUUUGAAUUCCGAACUUUGACUGAUAAUUUUCUUUUCUCGGAACAUUUACGGUGCCUGAGAAGUCUUGAGUCUCUUACUUGGCUUCCUCACCCAACAUGAACUGAAUUUGCUUCCUGUAACUGGUGUGUAUUUUUUCUUCCAAUUCUCUUGUUUAUUGGAUAAUUUUAGUGUAUUGUUUCUGGGUUUUUAUGUUACUCGGUUUUAGAGCUCCAAGAUCUGAAAAUAUUGUGGGCAUGCGGAUGUGUAAGGCCAUUCUUGUCGGAUUCGUUAUUCGGUUUAAUGCAUUGGAUUUAUCUGUAUAACGGUGUGUGAGGAGAUUUUAGGGGAAGGUUUGAUCUGGGUUUUGAAAUUUGAAGCAAUUAGUUUUGUGGGUAGAAUUUGUUUGGGUGUUUGGAGAUGAAGAUUGAAGUGGGUACGGUCGCUUUAGGGUGGGGCGACGAUGACAAGGACAUGGUUGCUGCCGUUUUGGGGACACGAGCUUAUGAUUACUUGAUUUCGAACCCAGUCUCUAAUGAGAACCUCAUAUUGACAUCGGGAAGCGAUGAGAAUAUGCAGACCAAGCUCUCCGAUCUAGUCGAGCAACCCAACUCUUCCAAUUUCAGCUGGAACUACGCGAUCUUCUGGCAGAUUUCGCGGUCCAAGUCUGGUGAUUGGGUAUUGGGAUGGGGAGAUGGGUCUUGUAGGGAACCCAAGGAAGGAGAACAGUCACCUGCCAUGAGAACUCUGACUCCCAGGUUUGAUUAUGAAACUGAGCAGAAGAUGAGAAAGAGGGUGCUUCAUAAGCUCCAUACAUUAUUUGGGGGCUCUGAUGAAGAUAAUUAUGCUUUGGUACUGGACAGGGUUACUGAUACUGAGAUGUUCUUUCUGGCAUCCAUGUAUUUCUGCUUCCCUCACGGACAAGGUGGUCCUGGGAAGUGUUUUGCUUCAGGGAAGCAUUUUUGGAUCUAUGAUGCAUUGAGAUCGGGUACAGAGUAUUGCCUAAGGUCAUUUCUUGCUAAGUAUGCUGGUAUCCAGACAAUUGUAUUGGUGCCAACGGAUACCGGGGUGGUUGAAUUGGGGUCAGCGAGAUCUUUACCGGAAAACUCACAGUUGGUGCAGUCAAUAAGGUCAUUGUUCUCGUCCAAUCCAUCGCCACAGAUUAGUGUUGAUAGGCCAGUAGUUGCUGGUGUGCCAGGGGUGAAUGAAAAGAAGGAUGUCAAUUCCCAAUUUUCUCAUUUGGGGAUAGUGGAGAGAAGGGAUGGGGUUUCGAAGAUUUUCGGGCAGGACUUGAACAAUUUAGCUCAUUUUAAUGCUGGUCGUGUUCAUCCCCAUUUUAGGGAGAAACUUGCAGUGAGAAAGAUGGAGGAGAGGCCUUCAUGGGAUGCUUACCAAAAUGGGAAUAGGCUUGGAGUUACGACUACUCGAAAUGGUCAUCAUGGCUCAAAUUGGGCGCAGAGUUAUGGCAUCAAACAAGGGACUGCGGCGGAUAUCUAUAAGAAUGAAACUUCUGUAAACAAUCUACAAGACCUUGUUAAUGGGGUCAGGGAAGGGUUUCGGCGUAAUAACUUCCAGUCACAGAAGCAGGGUCCAAUGCAAAUUGAUUUUUCAGGGGCUACUUCAAGGCCACCUGUGAUUUCUAUGCAGGUUAAUGCAGAAUCUGAACAUUCAGAUGUAGAGGCUUUGUGUAAGGAUGAGGGGCCAGGCGCAACUGAUGAUAGGAGACCCCGGAAACGAGGCAGGAAGCCUGCAAAUGGAAGAGACGAACCACUUAAUCACGUCGAGGCUGAAAGGCAGCGGAGAGAGAAGCUUAAUCAACGGUUUUAUGCAUUGCGAGCUGUGGUGCCGAAUAUAUCAAAGAUGGACAAAGCUUCCUUGUUGGGAGAUGCCAUUGCUUAUAUUAAUGAGCUUCAGGCAAAGCUCAAGGCCAUGGAAGCAGAUAGAGGGACAUCAAAUGCUUCUUCUUUUGAGGGAACUCCUAAUGCAGAAAAUCAUUUGCGGCCUGCUGAUGUUGAUAUUCAAGCUUCCCAUGAUGAGGUUAUUGUAAGGGUGAGCUGCCCGUUGGAUUCACAUCCUGCAUCGAGAGUCAUCCAAGCAUUGAAAGAUGUGCAGAUCAGUGUGGUUGAGUCGAAACUCGCCACAGCUAACGAUACUGUGUUUCAUACAUUUGUUGUCAAGUCUCAAGGAUCCGAGCAGCUCACAAAGGAGAAGUUGAUUGAAGCAAUUUCCCGCGAAUCCAAAGCCAUAUUGCCAUUGUCAACAUCAAUUGGGUAGCACACUGAUCGCAAUUCACCAUAGUCCAUAAAGGGUAAUAUCCUUCGAAGAACCUAUUUGGAUGCUUCUUCAGAGGUUUUUGGUACACACAUCAAAGAGAUCAGUAGAUAACUGCUUAUUAACCAAAAUAGGACAGCAAGUUUUCUAUUGUUGUUUAUAGUAUACAUAUUCUGUUACAACUAUAUUUUUGCAAGGUGAAUUAAAUUUACCAGUCCUAACCAACAACGAUCGUUGGUUACUAGGCAACUGAUAAAUUUCUUUGGCGUAUUAGCGUUGUUUCUAUACAUUUCUUUCUCACUAAUUCUGUGCAUCACCAGCCAAGUUAAUCUUAUCAAUAUAAGUGAGUUCCCUGUGUCACUGCACCUCUCUUUUUUUCCAUUGCCAUGGAAACUCUCUUGUAUUUUGCCUAAUAUUCCCAGUCUUGCAAAAAUCUCUUCAGAAUAAAGUCCAGUUUCAUUUGUUAA